CGCACCCGCACCCCGCCGGCCCCGCGGCUGCGGCUGUGGGUGCUGAGCGGGCGCCGCGGCCAAGGCGCGCUCGCACCUGCGGCGGCCGCUCGGGUGAUGGCGCGGUGCGGGCCUCGGGCGUCCUGAGCUGAACGCAGCGCCAGUCGGGGGAUGCCAAGCCGCGCUGCUGGCCUUGGCCAUGUCGUCGUCCUUCUUCAACCCCAGCUUCGCCUUCAGCUCGCACUUCGACCCUGACGGCGCCCCACUCAGCGAGUUCUCCUGGUCAUCCUCCCUGUCUGUGGUGGCCGUGUCCUUCUCCGGGCUCUUCACCGUCGUCGCCCUCAUGCUGGCUUGCCUGUGCUGUAAGAAGGGCGGCAUCGGGUUCAAGGAGUUUGAGAAUGCCGAGGGGGAAGAGUACGCGGCCGACUUCUCGGCACAGGGCUCCCCGGCCGCAGCGGCUCAGAACGGGCCUGACGUGUACGUCCUGCCGCUCACCGAGGUCUCCCUGCCCAUGGCCAAGCAGCCUGGGCGCUCAGUGCAGCUGCUAAAGUCCACAGACCUGGGCCGGCACAGCCUUCUGUACCUGGAGGAGAUUGGACACGGCUGGUUUGGGAAGGUAUUCCUGGGGGAGGUGAACUCAGGCAUCAGCAGCACCCAGGUGGUGGUAAAGGAGCUGAAGGCGAGCGCCAGCGUGCAAGAGCAGAUGCAGUUCCUGGAGGAGGCACAGCCCUACAGGGCCUUGCAGCACUGCAACCUGCUCCAGUGCCUGGCCCAGUGCGCCGAGGUGACGCCCUACCUGCUGGUGAUGGAGUUCUGCCCAAUGGGGGACCUCAAGGGCUACCUGCGGAGCUGUCGGGUGGCCGAGGCCAUGGCGCCCGACCCCCUGACGCUGCAGCGCAUGGCCUGCGAGGUGGCCUGUGGCGUCCUGCACCUGCAUCGCAACAACUACGUGCACAGUGACCUGGCUUUGAGAAACUGUCUGCUCACGGCUGACCUGACAGUCAAGAUCGGCGACUAUGGCCUGUCUCACGGCAAAUACAGGGAAGACUACUUCGUGACGGCUGACCAGCUGUGGGUGCCGCUGCGCUGGAUCGCGCCUGAGCUGGUGGACGAGGUGCAUUGCAAUCUGCUGGUGGUGGACCAGACCAAGGCCAGCAACGUGUGGUCCCUGGGCGUGACCAUCUGGGAACUCUUCGAACUGGGAGCGCAGCCCUACCCCCACCACUCGGACCGGCAGGUGCUGGCCUAUGCUGUCCGAGAACAGCAGCUCAAGCUGCCCAAGCCUCAGCUGCAGCUGACUCUCUCCGACCGCUGGUACGAGGUGAUGCAGUUCUGCUGGCUGCAGCCUGAGCAGCGGCCAACGGCGGAGGAGGUGCAUUUGCUGCUGUCCUACCUGUGCGCCAAGGGCGCCACCGAGGCGGAGGAGGAAUUCGAGCGGCGCUGGCGCUCACUGCGGCCCGGUGGCGGCAGCGCGGGUGCCGGGUUAGGGGUGGCAGGCCUGGCCCUGGGGGGCACAGGUGAGCUGCUCGCCACCUCCUCCUUCCCGCUGCUGGAGCAGUUCGCUGGCGACGGCUUCCACGCGGAGGGCGACGACGUGCUGACAGUGACUGAGACCAGCCACGGCCUCAACUUUGAGUACAAGUGGGAAGCGGGCCGCGGCACCGAGGCCUUUCCGCCACCAGAGGGCGCCCUGAGCCCGGGCCGAGACGCGCGGCUGCAGGAGCUCUGUGUCCCGGAUGGCGCGCCCCCGGGCGUGGUGCCGGUGCUCAGCGCUCACAGCCCCUCGGUGGGCAGUGAGUACUUCAUCCGCCUGGAAGACCCUGCGCCUGCCGCGGACCAUGACCCCGACUGCACUGGCUGUGCCCCCAGCGCGCUUGCCGCCGCGCUGGGCCCCGAUGGUAGUGACCACGAUGAUGACUCUGACGGGAGCACGGCCGCCUCGCUGGUCAUGGAGCCGCUGCUCGGCCACGCGCCGCCCGUGGAUGGCCCCUGGGGCCACUGCGACCACUACCCCUGCAAGAGCCACGCCCGUGACCUGUCCUGCGCCUCCCGCUCACCCUCACCGGAGACUCCGAUGUUGGCGGAGCCUGGAGCCGAGGAUAUCGACUGGGGUGUGGGGGCCUUCUGCCCCCCGUUCUUUGAGGACCCCCUGGGCAUAUCCCCCUCGCAGAGCUCUGGGGACCGACUAUCUCCAGGUGGGGAGGAGCUGAGGGAGGCUGAGGCGUCCAGAGCCGCCCAGUACAGACACUGGAGCUCCAACGUGUCUGCCAACAACAACAGUGGCAGUCGAGCACCGGAACCCUGGGUCCCAGGCCUCUCAGGCUACACGGACUGCUGCCCUGGUGUGAAGCAGACUUUGUGGGCCAUCCCUGAGCUGGGCCAUCCUCUGACCCCAGAGGAUCCCAGAGAGCCUCUCCUUGGGCCAAAGGGGGCCUCCUUGGGUCAGGAGCUGGGCCACUGCCUCGGCCUCCCCCAUCUCUAUCCUGCUGAGGGCCUGACACCUGCCCCCUGCCUGGUCGCCUCUCCCUGGACAGAGGCAGCCGUAAGUGGGGGUGACAGCCCCCAGGCAGAGCCCAGGCUCGCAGAGGAGGCCGAGGGCUCUGCUGGACUCCAACUGCCCCUUCCCUCUAUCCCAUCCCCAUCCCAAGAGGGAGCCCCACUUCCUGCUGAGGAGGCCAGCACCCCGCCCACCCUGCCUGCCUCACCCACGCCCACUGGAAGCCAGGCACCUGCCACCGAGCCAGCCCAGACCCGCGACAGCGGCAGCAGCUCCCCUGAGCUGGAGGCUCCAGGGAGUGAAGAUGAGGACACAACUGAGGCCACUUCUGGUGUCUUCACUGACUUGUCCAGUGAUGGCCCACAGGCUGAGAAACUAGACGUGACCCCAGCUUUCCGCUCCCUGCAGAAGCAGGUGGGGACCCCCGACUCCUUGGACUCCCUGGACAUCCCGUCCUCGGCCAGUGAUGGCGGCUGUGAGAUCUUCAGCCCAUCAGCUGUCAGCACCCCUGGCGGGCAGCUCCGAGCCCUGGACAGCGGCUAUGACACGGAGAACUAUGAGUCCCCCGAGUUCAUACUCAAGGAGGCGCAUGAGCCCUGUGAGCCCGAGGCCUUUGGGGAGCUGGCCUCAGAGGGUGAGAGCCCGGGGCCCGAGACUCAGCUCUCUGCCUCCCUAGGUGGCCUCAGUGAGAAGAAUCCCUACCGUGACUCUGCCUACUUCUCAGACCUGGACACGGAGCCAGAGCCCCCCGUGGGCUCCAAGGAGAAGCAUGGAGGUGUUCUGGUCCCUGGGCCGAAGCCUGGUCUGGAGAGCCUGAAGAGCCCCAGGAUGCAGUCUGCACAGCCCUCCCCUGAGCUGGGGGUGCCCGGGGAGGCACAGGGCACUGGACCCAGGGAGGUGCCACCACUGCCACUGUCACCGCCUGAGGACUCUUCCCCAGAGCCAAGCGCCUGCCCCACAGGCCCCAGGCAGGAGCCUCCCUCGCCCCAAGACCCAGCUCAGGUGCCGCCCAUGCCCAGCCCCGUGAGUUCUAAGAUUUUCUUGCUGACUCCAGUCCGGCCAAGCUCAGAAAGCCACCACCCAGAGCUCCAGGAGACCCUGGGUCUGCUGUCAGGGUCGAACCUGCAGGAACGGACUGGGGGCCCAGGUGCCUCCAGAACCCCGCUCUGCCUGGCCCUGCCUGGACUCCCUGUGGCCCCGGAGGGGCGGCCUGAGGAGGAAGAGGAGGACAGCGAGGACAGUGACGAGUCGGAUGAAGAGCUCCGCUGCUAUAGCAUCCAGGAGCCGAGUGAGGAGAGCGAGGAGGAGGUGCCGCCCGUGCCGGUGGUGGUGGCAGAGAGCCAGAGCGCGCGCAACCUGCGCAGCCUGCUUAAGAUGCCAAGCCUGCUGUCCGAGGCCUUCUGCGAGGACCUGGAGCGCAAGAAGAAAGCUGUGUCCUUCUUCGACGACGUCACUGUCUACCUCUUUGACCAGGAAAGCCCCACCCGAGAGCUCGGGGAGCCCUUCCCUGGUGCCAAGGAGUCACCCCCGACGUUCCCAGCGGGCAGCCCAGGCUCCCCCAGUGCCUCCUGCCGGCCGCGGCGGGCUGACCCCUCCCCUGAAGCCCCUGGGACUGAACAGGACGGAGAGUUCGAGUGGAAUGAUGGCCUCAUGCUGACGUCGGCCCAAGAGCCAGCCUCGCGCAUCCCCGCCGAGACUCCCAAGCCCGUCGCGCCCAGCCCCUUCUCGCGCUUCACCGUCUCACCAGCGCCUGCGUCCCGCUUUUCCAUCACGCACGUCUCCGACUCGGACUCCGGGUCCGUGGGAGGUCCUACAGCAGGUGCUGGGGGCAGCUGUAAAGAGGCUUGAGCCCCAGGCGGCCCCUGCCCCCCUUGGAGCCUCUGCUGGUCCUGUCCCUGGCAGCAGCGAGGAUGGACUGAGUGGUGGGGACUUUGAUCCUGGCCGUGGUCAGCAGCAGCAGCUUCCAGCGCUUUGGUGCCCCCCUUGCCGUGCCCUGCAGGAGCAGGGCGGGAUGAGGCCCCUCUCUGGCCCUGGUCGGUGGAGCAUCUGUGCACGGCAGCCCCAUGCUGCCCUGGGGGCAAGAUCUGUCCUGGACACUUGGGUUUGCUGCUAGCCCCUAGGGAUGCCCGACUGCCCUCCCCCUGCCCGCCGCAGCUGCCCCCUCUGCCCUGGACCCUGCUGUCAGACUGCUUGGCCCUGCCCAUGGUUCCUAUGGUGCACUGCAGGCUGCUGUGUCCCCGCUGCAGGUGAGAGGGCAGGCACAGGCCCGCUGGGACGGCCUCUCCCUGCCUGCUUCACCCCUUCUGCCGGUUCAGGGUUUGCUCAGUGCAAGAAGAGGUCACCUGGCUCAGGUGACCCUGCUCCAAGUUGGUGGCUGUUUCCCUUUCACUGAGUCAGCUAGACCAUAAGCUCUCCCUUCCUACAGGGUCUGGACCAGCUCCUGUCUGGGUCCCACUGGAGCCCUGCGAAGGGGCCGAGGUGGGCAGCCUGAAAGAUGGGGGCUUUCAGGUCGCAGUCUUGCCGCUGCAGCCCUGUCUGGAGGUGCCCAUGGCUCCCCUCUGCAAGGUAGUGCCCAGCCCUACCCAGCUGCCAAAGCAAUGUGGGUGCACCCAUGGUCAGCGUCAGGGGACAGGUUCCUGCUGCAGGAGUCGGGCAGUGGGAAGGGGUGGGGCAGCACAGGGCGUAUUUUUGUAACCGCUGUUGUCAGAGCCAACGGAUAUGGGACGCUUUUAAGUUAUUGUUGCCAAAGAGACGUAAAGUUUAUUGUUGCUUUCGGGGUGUGGGCGGGGACUUGUUUCGGGUUUUUUGUUUAUUAGUUUGAGGCUUAGGAUGCUGGUACAAUGAUCUUGUUCCUUUUUUGUCUGUUUUUUAAGAGAAAUCAAAGCUAAGGAAAAAGC